CAACAAAGGGCUGCGGGUGGCGGGCGGAGGUGUCUGUGUCGAUCGGUGCGACGCUUUGCCUGGGCGCCCAGCCUCUCUCCUGUCAAGCUCCAGAUGAAGUGUGAGCACUGCACGCGGAAGGAAUGUAGUAAAAAAACAAAAACAGAUGACCAAGAGAAUGUGUCAGUUGAUGCACCAAGUCCAGCCCGGGAGAAUGGAGAAAAGGGAGAGUUCCAUAGGUUAGCUGAUGCCAAGAUAUUUCUGAGUGAUUGCCUGGCGUGCGACAGCUGCUUGACUGCAGAGGAAGGAGCCCAGCUGUCUCAGCAGAGCACCAAGGAAUUCUUCCGCGUUCUGAACCUUAAUAAGAGAUGCGAUACCUCAAAGCACAGAGUGCUGGUAGUGUCUGUGUGUCCUCAGUCUUUGCCUUAUUUUGCUGCUAAAUUCAACCUCAGUGUCACUGAUGCAUCCAGAAGACUCUGUGGCUUCCUCAAAAGUCUUGGGGUGCACUACGUGUUUGACACCUCGAUAGCUGCAGACCUGAGCAUCCUGGAGAGCCAGAAAGAGUUUGUGCGUCGGUUCCAUCAGCACAACGAGGAACAGCGUGCGCUGCCCAUGCUGACCUCUGCCUGCCCAGGCUGGGUCCGAUACGCUGAGCGGGUGCUGGGACACCCUGUUACUCCCCACCUGUGUGCUGCCAAGUCCCCUCAGCAGGUCAUGGGCUCCUUGGUGAAGGAUUACUUUGCCAAACAGCAGAACCUGGCCCCAGAGAAGAUCUUCCACGUAGUUGUGGCCCCUUGCUACGACAAGAAGCUGGAGGCUCUGCGAGAGGGGCUCUCUGCUGCGCACGGUGCCCAGGGUGCUGACUGUGUGCUGACAUCAGGUGAAGUUGCUCAGAUAAUGGAGCAAAGUGACCUUUCUGUGAAAGAUGCUGCAGUGGAUACCCUGUUUGGAGACAUGAAGGAGGCCACAGUGAGGCGCCACGAGGGAGCCGGCUCUGACGGGCACCUGGCCCACGUCUUCAGACACGCGGCUAAGGAGCUGUUCAACGAGCACGUGGAGGAGAUCACCUACCGCGCCCUGAGAAACAAAGACUUCCAGGAGGUCACCCUGGAAAAGGACGGGGAGGUUCUGUUACGCUUCGCUGCUGCUUACGGCUUUAGGAAUAUCCAGAACAUGAUCCUAAAGCUCAAGAAGGGCAAGUUCCCGUACCACUUCGUGGAGGUCCUCGCCUGUCCCAGAGGGUGCUUGAGUGGCAGAGGCCAAGCGCAGACUGAGGACGGGCACUCAGACAAGACCCUGCUGCGGCAGAUGGAGAGCAUCUACGCUGACAUCCCUGUGCAGCCCCCAGAGACCAGUGCACACCUGCAGGAGAUGUACCAAGCGUGGCUGGGCUCCCCUGGUGCUCAGGAAGUGCUGCACGCCACACACCCGAGCCCAGUGCGCUGCUUGGGCAGCCUGGACAUUAGGUGGUGAAAGAAGCUGGGACAGCCCCUCCACAGGAGGGCUGCUCUGCGCUGGAGGGUGGGUCUCCAAGAAACAGCUUGCUGAGCUUGGCUGGCUGUGAGAGUCCUCUGCUGCCCGACACAGCGUGGGGGGAGGCCGUGUCCUUUUAUCCUAAGGUUGUAUGAAAAAUCCAAAGAGCGAGAACCAAGAUGGUGCACUGUCUUUUAGGGUUAAAAAAAAUCUAAGAGGUGUCUUGUGAAGAGUCAAGGCCAGGUAUGCAGUCUGCAUUCCUUGGUGAUGGCCGCUGCAGAAGUGGCAGCAGCAGGGCCACUGGGGCAGGCAGCACAGUCCCAGCCUCCUGGCCUGGUUUGACUCCUGCUUUCGCUUAUAGACAUUUCUAAGAAUGACCGAGAGUUCUGGCACCAGUGGGCCAUGUUCCUGGGCCACCAAAGUGCAGCACCACCGCCCUGCUGGGGCCACACGUGGCCAGCUGGGGGCCUGUGCACUGGCCCCUCCGGCCCGGCCUGACCUUGUGCAUUCAGUCUGAGUUGGACUUGCUGCAGGGGGAGAGGCCUGAUGAGGGUGAUUGUCAUCGGGAGCAGAGUUGGGGGAGUGGGAGGGAGGACAUGGGAGCAUCCCCAAAACAUCAGUACCAUCACAGGGCCAGGGGGAGAGCCAGAGGCCCACCCCGCCCUACAGCAGGUGGGACAGCGAAGCCCUCUGCUUGUUGAUGGUCCCUUUCAGCCCUGGCUGAACUGCCCCGUGAGCUCGCCUUAAGGACAAGGAGAAAGCAGUGUCUCCAAAUAGGACUGCUCUCAGAAUCCCGGAUGCUGCGCUGGGCUCAUCCUGGAGGUGGAGGUGCUGAGGCCCACAGAUGGCCUUAUGCGGCACUUGAGUUUCCUUAAUGUGUGUGACGCUUCCACACGUUAGGCUGCCUUCAUCCUGUGUUGUGUUGUGCCGUGUGCCUGUCUAGGUGGGUGACUGACACAUGUUAAACUGUAUAUUUUUUGCUUUCAAUCUCUAUACAGUCGAGUGUCCAUCCCCUGAAGUAACUGAUGUGGAAUAAACAGUUGAAAAGGG